CAGUAUGAGCAAGGAGGGUCUGGAAGAGACCGGCGCAACGAUUCGCGCAGUCGGAAUGAGAGAGGGGGAUAUGGUGUCUCAUCAGAACCAUAUCCAAAGUCGCCUGACCCCAACGCGGCCAGGAAUUCGAUGUCUAGGGGCGCAGACGACAGGGCGUCUACUCUCAGGAACUCAUACGUCUAUUGUAAAGGAGAAGAUCAUAUCAAGAGGGAUUGCCCGAAUCUUAAACGGGCAAUAAAAGAGGGACUUGUCGUGCUUGACGACCGCAAGUACGUCAAGUGGGCUGAUGAUCUCGGAGAUGUAUCGAUGUUUCCUUCGAUGAAGGAGAAUGUCGAAGCAAGAAGAAUAAAAACGAGUAAAGGAAUGGAGCCGGUCAGGAGCCAGAGCAUCAAGAUAACCUUUGAGGGGGACAUGGCGACCACACCCAUACACAUAAGGGUGGCAGCCACCAAGUCGGCGAGAGGGUCUACAUUGAAGAAAACUGACACGGAUUACGUGAUGGCGGAGAAGGACGGGCAGCGGGUCGAUGGAGAGGAGGUUAUCCUUUCGCUGCGAAAGCGGGGAGUGAAGAAGUUCUUAAUGAAGAGUUCGCUGGACGAGAUUGACACGGUUGAGCCACUGAGGCGGGCCCUUCGGCAACCCAUGCAGUGCUCUAUUCUGGAGUACCUGGCGGCAUCGAAGUCGGCGCGUGAUGAAUUACAGAUGAUCACGCGGAAGACUCGCAUACCUCUAUCAGAGGAGGGUCAGGGAUCCCCUAAGGCGGAAGCGUCUAUAGUAACAGUAACGGGGCUGACUGCCAGAGCGGAUCGCAUGGCGACAGUCCUUCUCGAUGGAAUUGAAGGUGUGCCUCCAGAUAAGUUUUAUAUACUUGGUAGCGGGGCCGUGGAGACGAUUAUAAACGAGGAAGCGGUACUCGAUGCUGUGAUUGAUAACGGCAGUGAGGCUGUCAUCAUAGACGAGGACCUGGCGGUACAAGUUGGACUGGAUCUCGAUAGGUCAUACCUAUUCGAGAUAGAGACGACUGAUGGGAGAAAGCAACAGAUCACUGGGGUUUGUCACAAGGCAAUCCUAGAGGUCCAAGGGGUGCGGGUGACCCUGCCUGUCUUUGCAGUCAAGAACUGCAGCUCUGACCUGCUCUUGGGUCGAACGUGGCUCAGCCACGUGCACGCGGUAACGAUAGAGCGACUUGAUGGGAGCCAAACAUUGUCCAUUAAGAAGCCAGACGGGACGCGGGUAAUGAUUGAGACAGUGGAGCCUCGGGACCCGAGGAACAGAGCAGCUCUCGCUGUGGGUGCAAGAACCAGUGAUCAGAUUAAGUCGUUGCCUAUCUCCAGCCGCGCGGUGCGAUUUCGCGAGAAGAAAUAUGGACCGCUGCUCACAGAAGAAGAAGGUCGGAUCGUGGAGGUGGAAGAUUUAGGAAGCCGGCUAAUAGUAGACGGCAACUCGUACCCGAAGGAAAAGGAUGAAGAAUUUGGCGGAUCAGUAGACAGGGAUGAGACAGAGGUUAUACCUGGAGUUAGAAGAUUCGUCGAGCAGCACCUAAUAGACAUUUGCGCGGUACUCGAGCAGCUGGGCGAUGCGAAUUUGACAGUCAGCGGAACCAAGAGCCGAUGGGUCGUCUCGACUAUUAAGAUCUUGGGCUUUAUCUGUGACUCGAGUGGACGCCGAGCAGAUCCGACAAAGUUAGAAAAGCUUCUGAACUGGCCCUCACCAUUACAUAGCGCAACCGAGGUCCGACAGUUUCUGGGAGUGGUUGGUUACUGGCGCAUAUUCAUACGGGGAUAUGCGGAGAAGGCUGAGCCAUUAAGGUUACUCCUUCGAAAGACUGAGAAAUUAUACUGGGAUUCUUCGCAGGAACUCGCGAUGCAAGAACUUAAAGACGAAUUUAAGGAAGGAAGGCGCAUGUUGGGUGUGCCAUUCUUUGACGAUGAGACCGAGAGACCUUUCAGAGUAUCCACGGAUGCUGGACCAUGUUCAGUCGAUGGUUUGCUGUCUCAGAAGGACGCAGGAGGGAAGGAAAGACCGUUGAGAUUUGAGAGUAGGACACUUAAUACGGCUGAGCGUAACCAUAGUCAAUUCAAAGUGUUAGCUGUUCUUCGGUGUCUGGACACGUUCAGACACUAUAUCUAUGGACGACAGUUCAUCUUGAGAGUAGACCCCACCGCGAUAGCCUCUGUCCUCCAGAAGGACUUUAGUCUGACGGACCCGACCAUCGCCCGAUGGUUAAUACGGAUUCGGCUAUACGAUUACACGGUUGAGAGAGUAUCUGGUACUGAAAAUGCUGUGGCAGAUGGACUUUCACGCAUCCCUCUCGAGCGCCCGAUAGUAGUUGGGGCUCUGACAAUGGCAGAGCUGAGACGCGCCGAAAGAUUUAUAGUUAAUCUUUACGAGGGCAAGUACCGAAUAAUCGGGCUACACCUGACGGGAGAGGAGAGUCAAGAUUCAGAUAUCCGGAGGCAAGCAGCCCAGUACUGUCUUCGAGCGGGUCACCUUUUCCGAAGGCCARUAGGGUCGGGAAUGCCCUUGCGAGUAGUCUGUGACCCAGAGGAGAGACAGACAAUAGUUGCRGAACUUCACGACGGGGUAGUUGGAGGACACAGGGGAAUCAAGGGAACCUACGAAAAGAUACGCCRGCUGUACUGGUGGGAUGGACAGUAUAAGGACGUCGAGAGGUACUGCRCGACAUGCGAAGAGUGUCAGAAGAGAGCUCUUGUGAAAUACAAAGAGCCACUUCAUCCAUCCUAUCCAACGCGACCAGGAGAGAAGGUACACAUCGAUCUGGUGAAAAUGCCGAGAGGGGUGGGCAAUAUGAACUACGCCGUGAACAUACGAGACGAUUUCACUGGGUUCGUGGACGGUAGACCUAUCAGGAGGAAGGCGGCAAAGGAAGUAAAGAACUUGGUCCUAGAGUACUUAUCUAGGUAUGGAUGUGUCGGCAAGAUAGUGAUGGACAGAGGGGCGGAAUUCCUAGCCGACGAGGUCGAGAGCGUGUUUAGGAGAGCUGGUGUGAGAGUUUCGAUAGCCAUCGCCUAUCACCCACAGUCGAACUCCCCAGUAGAAAGGAGGCACCAGACCCUGAUAGCGUCGCUAUCCAAGUGGUGCAGAGGUAAGGACAGUGAUUGGCCACGAUAUUUUCGAUACGCAAUUUGGGCGGACAACGUCACGGUCCGGGCUAGUACCGGAUACCCCCCGUACACCUUGUGGUUUGGGCGACAUUGUCCGCUUCCCAUAGAAUUUCACGUCGACAGUUGGACAACCGUUGACUGGGCAGAGGAGAUGUCCAGAGAGGAACUCUUAGCUGCUCGAACAAGACAGAUAGCCUACGGGUUGGAAGAUAACCUUAUGACAGCAGCCGAUCGUUUGGCAGUGGAAAGGGACAAGGGAAAAGAGAGAUGGGAUAAGACCGUGAGAAUAAGGAAAGAGAGGGUGAGCGUAGGAGAUAUGGUCCUUCUCUACGACGCGGCACUGGAGAGGACCUGGACCGGAAAGCUUGCCAAUAGGUGGAUGGGACCUUACAGAGUGGUUGAGGCCAGGGUUGUCGAGCCCCGGCCCCGGGGCCCCGGCGGGGUUCCAAGGUUCCGGGGGUGGGCACCCCCAACCCCGGCUCCAGACCCCCCCGCAAAAAAAUAAAAUAAAAAAAAUAGUGGGGGGUGCGCAGCGAAAGCGCGCACCACAUGGGCUAAACCCCAAAAAUGGGGUUUUAUGCCCCACCCCG